AUGUCUGAAUAUUGGAAAUCAACGCCAAAGUACUGGUGCAAGUUCUGCAAAACUUACGUCCGCGACACAAAGUUCGAAAAGCAGCAGCACGAAGCGACACCAAAGCAUCAGAAUAACAUCCAGCGAUCCCUGCGCGAUCUCCACCGAAAUCACGAGCGAGAGGAACGUGAGAAGCAGCGAGCAAAGGAUGAGGUCGAGCGGCUGAAUGGCGUGGUAGCUGGCGCAGCGGCAAGCGAUCCGCCAUGGAAGCGCAAGGGAGCAGUUCCGGCGGCCGCAUCGGCCAAGCAAGCCACGCUCGAGGAGCGGAAGAGACAGGCUGCGCAGCUGGCGGAAAUGGGUGUUGCCAUUCCGGAGGAGUUUAGGCGGGAGAUGGCAAUGGUGGGCGACUGGCAGGUCACUGCGGAGAGGCCGAUACUUCCGGGUGUGAAGAAGGAAGAAGAGGAUGAGGAUGUCAAGCCUGAGACGCUGAACACUGGUGUCCGAAAACGCAAGUUCGAGGGCCAGGAAGAGGCGGAGGAGGCUGGGGAGACGGUUGUGAGGAAAGGGUGGGGUUCGACUUUCAGAGAGUAUCCCGCUUCAAAAGAUGCAGGUGAUGAUCUGGAGGCGUUGCUCAAGGGGGCCGGCACGGCGAGGAAGGAGACCGAAGAGGCCGCGUCAGGUCCGAGAAUCAAGAAGGAAGAGUCAGAGGAGGGUGUGAUUUCAGCAUUGGUCGGUCCAGAACCUACGACUGCUGCUGAAUCGAAGAUCAAGGCCGAAGAUGAGGCACCGGCCGUAGGAGUUGUGUUCAAAAAGCGCAAGGCCAAGGUCAUACGUCAGAGAUGA